AUGUCCCCCCUCCAGUACAACCCUCGUUCACGACGCUUUGCCCCCCUCAACCCAUCGAGAGCUGAGCCUUCCAAUGAUCCCCAACUAAAGGGCAUCGUAUUCGAUGUUGACGGCACAUUAUGUCUUCCUCAAAACUACAUGUUUGGCGAAAUGCGCCUCCCUACACUUGACGCGCAGCUUGAGGCAAGCAAUAAGGUCAAGGCCAUUGAGCGGAAAGCAAUGCAGCACCAGGAGCCGCAGCCUGGGCUUGUAGAGUUGAUGGAAUAUUUACGGAAGAGGGGGGUCAGAAGGGCUUUGUGUACGAGGAAUUUUGAGGCGCCCGUCACAAACCUGCUUCAGAAUCACCUCCCAGAGCAUGUCUUCGUGCCUAUUAUCACCAGAGAGACUCCUGGGUUGCUGCCCAAGCCGGAUCCGGCAGGUAUCUUGCACAUAGCAAAAGAAUGGGGCCUUGAGGAUGGUGGUAAAAAUCUAAUCAUGGUCGGUGAUAGCCUUGAUGAUAUGACAGCCGGGCACGCGGCGGGAGCCGCAACAGUGCUGCUGCUCAAUGACCAUAACGACCACCUAAAGGAGCAUAUGCACACAGACCUGGUUAUUGAGAAGCUCCAUGAGCUCAUUGACGUGCUGGAAAACGGAUUUGUCGGGAGUAAAACCCGCAUAGAGCUCACUUCCACUGAUGCGCAAACAUGA